AUGGAGCUGAUGGCUAUCGCGCUGCUACUGGUGACUGCAGGUGCUGCAGUGUCCGCCCAGGACGACGGGGGCAGGAUCAUCGGCGGCUACACGUGUCCCCGCUACUCCCAGCCCUGGCAGGCCUUCGUCUACGGCCCGCUGCAGUGUGGAGGCAUCCUGGUCGACAGGAGCUGGGUGCUCUCUGCCGCCCACUGCUACAGACCCGGCCUGCGGGUGCGGCUCGGGGAGUACAACCUGGCGGUGCGGGAGGGGCCGGAGCAGGACCGAAUCGUGUCUGGCGCCAUCCUGCACCCCGGCUACAACCGCUUCACCCUGGACAACGACCUCAUGCUGCUCAAGCUGGCGCAACCGAUCAACAUCGGCCCGACCGCCCGCCCCGUCACGCUGCCCACGGCCUGCGCGGCCACCGGGACCACCUGCCUUAUCUCGGGCUGGGGCACGGUCACCACCCCCCAAGCCACGUUCCCCAACCUCCUGCAGUGCGGAAACGUCCGGAUCGUCUCGCCCCAGAGCUGUCAGGCUUCCUACCCCGGCCGGGUCACCAACAACAUGGUGUGCGCGGGCGUCAUGGGUGGAGGCAUCGACUCCUGCCAGGGUGACUCCGGUGGGCCCCUGCUCUGCGCUGGGCAGCUCCAGGGCAUCGUGUCCUGGGGGCUGCAAACCUGCGCCCAGCCCAACAGGCCCGGCGUCUACACCAAGGUCUGCAACUACGUAGCAUGGAUCCGCAGAGCCAUCCAGACGAAUUGA